CACAGCGCCAAUUUCAGUACCUGGUGCUCAUGUAAGGUCGGUCCUCAGGGGAUUUUAGAGAAGACUUGACAAUUGAAUGGCUACAAUAUAUGAGAUUACUAAGAAGUCCCUUUACCUGGAAUCGCGCAGACUGUCGUGAUGUCCUGUGAUAUAACAUUUUGAAACACCAUAAGACGUUUGCUAGAAUAGGGACCUUUUUCGCUCGAUCCAGAUUGAAACUAAGGCAUAUUAUAACAAUUGCCGCAAAAUGUGUAAUAAAAGCACCAGUAACAUUGGCUGCAAUAAUUGCAGAUAUCACAGAAACCUCGGCUGUUCAGUGGUAUGAGUAUUAUAGGUACAUAUCAAUAAUAAAAAUGAUAAAUUUACCCACCCGGAGUACACACAAACAAUAUUUAAACUAUGUGGUGGAGGCCGAGAGGGUUUAUGUGACCUUAUCAUGGUUCCAGAGACCGAGUACUUCGGAGCGAAACUAUGAGAUAAACUUUAAAAAUUAGCUUGGUGGGACUGGCAAACUACUAUUUUAUUGGAAUCUUUGUCUGCGUGGUUGCUAAGCUUUCUCGUACUGAAGACAAUGUUUUCAUUUUUCUUCUGAAACUGACGGUUAAAGUAAGUCAGUUAUUGAUAAUGAAAGUGGCCGUAGAUUAGCUCUUAAGUAAUCGCUCUUAGUACCUACGGAAACAAAAUAAACAUCGAGUUUUCUCAUGAUUCUAUAGAAGUUGUUAUUAUUGUCUCUGGUAGGGACUUCCACGGUUCUCUAAUUCUAACCACUGAAAAGUUUGUACAUAUUUCUGUGUGAGUUCGUUCAUGUUAUUUUAUAAGUGGACAUCCUCAUCGGUGUAAUUUAAUACUGAGAUGAAUCGAGGGUCUGUUAUGGUGUAGUGGACCAUGAGGAAUAUUAUACACCCGAAUCAUAUUUCCCCUAAUUCUUCUGUACUUUACAAGCUGGAAGCUUAGACUUUCCUGAAGAUCUGCGUAUGUAUUUUUUUGUCCGAACACCUCUGUUGCUGCUCUUCUUGGAACACUUUCCAAGCGAGCACUAUACUUAUUAAAGUAGGACGAUAACACAGACGUUUUUUCUAGAUGAAGUCGGAAGUAAACACUUAAAUCAGUUCUAAAUGUUUCCGAGAUUAGGUUCCCUAAUGUUCUGGCAAGAAACUACAAGACAGUAUGUUUUGUUAGCUUCAGAAUGCCAGUGGGAAUAGAGACGUGGGGUACUACACAGAGUGAUGCCCCAGUUCUUUUACUAUGGUGAGGAGCGUGAUGUAUGUAUCACCCGAGAAUUACUAAGUGGAUAGAUUACCUGUUGGGGAUAUGAAAUCUCCAAAUACAACUUGUGAGAAAAAAUCAAUAUCGAUUUAAGGUGAAUUUAUAUUGAAUAUAAAGUCAACUUUCAACACAUUUUCUUCUCAUUACUUUGUGGACUUCCAAUGGAUUUUGGUUAUGAUCUGUGUUGACUGACAAUGUCUCAGUUUAUUAAUCAUGACGAUUUUAAUAGAUAUGUAGUUCAUUAACCUAAAUGUAUUUUCUACUAGGAAGCUAGGGUUCUUACUCUAGAUGUAGCGUGCAAGACAAGAAUAGUAGUCUUGUCGUAUUGACGUCGGAGUGGACAACUAGCAGACUACCACACGUAUUUAUCAGUAUUAACAUUGUUCAUCAACAUUCCAAAUUUGGUGGUAUUGGUAGGAAGGUGGUUUAUGUUUCCCCAGUUCGGGGUUUUCUGAUGAACUAUGGUUUUCGAUUAUUGUUAUGAAAUUUAAUGUUCUGCUUACUAGAACUAAUCCUAGUUGCUCAGAAUUCCAUAUUUUACGAAAUAUCUAGUACUAGACAAAACCACUAUUGAUACUAUUAAUAUCAAAACACUCCUAAAGAGUUGAAUGUGAUUUGUUAUUCAAAUUUUCUUCCCAUCUAAUAUGAUAUUUAUUAAUCUUUUCACUCAUAUUGUGAAAAGGAGUUUGUAUGGUGACACCGUAGCUUCUUUCUAGAUCGUUUUCAGUGACAAUACCCAUUCAAAGGCUGAUAAAUUUAGCUAAGGUAUAGGAACCACGACAAGUCAGUGUUACUCACGUUCUUAUAAGGUUUACAGGUAUGAAAACUCCUUUUUUGUGUUAUUUUAAGUAGUAUAAAUCUAUGAGCUUGCUUUGGUUGGAUAAUUUAAGCCGUAGUAUUUCUCAGUGACUUUUUCGAGUUAUUAUCCAGUCUAGUUGCCUUUUUCUUUUGAAAUGUAAAUUAAUUGUUAAAUAAAUAAGAGGUUUCAUAAAUUUACUCCUGAUUCGUUUUUGUUGAAUAAAGGUUUUCAAUAGUCUGAUAGUUAUUUUACUUUCGGGAGCAGAGUUCUUCUAAACAUUCUUACAUCACCUGUGUCCAGAUCGUUGUAUACUGAAGCUUACAAGAUGACUGUACAGUUUGUGAGAGAAUCGUUAGACACACCAUUUCUUAAGAAAUUUCGCAAACGUAUUAUUUACUGAAUCGAAUCCUUCAAACGAUUAAAUAAAAAUAAAAGUGGCCACUACUUAGGACAGUUAGUCUAGAUGAUCGACCGCAAAAUCACAACGGUCAAACAUUAAUGAAAACAUAGUCUAUAUAUGAAGGCCUUAAGGUAUACUGGAAUGUAGCUAACAUCAAGCACAGUUGAUUCCAUGUUGAAAUUUUCGAUCUUUGAGUACGAUUUAUUUGUAAAACACUGGCGUUUUUAAGUUGAUUUUCUGAUAUAUAUAUAUAUAUAUAUAUAUAACCGUAAGUGUUCGUAUCCACCCCACAAAAUCUUGGGAGAGAUUUUGAUCUAAAUGUAUUUACUGUCUUCCUAUCCUUACAGCAAUGUUGAUUAGAUACUAAGACACAAAUCCAUUAGGAAUAACGUUAGAACAAAGAAAUUUCACAUCAAAAGUUAUCGGGGCUGAUAUUGAGAACUACUAGUUUAGCUAAGUGAGAAUAGUCUAGGUAGCUUUAUCUUCAGUGCUUGGUUUUAAUUAAUUUGGUUCAUUCUCAUAUGUUCUAUAGAGUGAAGCACAAUAAUGUGUUCAUAAUACUGAUUGUAUAUACCUCAUAGUAUAACUGAAUUCCGUCUCUUUGUGCUUUCUUAUCCUAAAUGUUGUAAAUUUUUGAGUUGAUUGGAAAAACACCCGACUUUGUGUAGUUACAUGUCGCCAUAGCACCAUUACACUGUGUGUUAAUUUCUACAGUUUAGUAUUUUAAAUGAAGUAAAAUAUUCCCUAAACAAUAGUAGUUGGCCUGAAUGAACAUGAUCACUCAUUCUGUUCAAUUGUUUGCUUAGUUUUCAGUUUCCAAAUUUUCCAUAAACUUACGUUUAAAUAUAUUGUGUAUUUAUUGGUCUGACAUCGCAAAAGUUAGGUUCCACAAUUUGAGUAUAUGGAAGAGAAAAGCCAUUCAAGUGUUUCCGGUGCCUCAUCAAAAAAUGUAAAGAGUUGUAAAUAUCGUAACAAUUAUUCCAAGUUUAUCACUUCAACUCCAAUUAAUGGUCAAAAUCAUCGGAAUAAUUCAUUUGUAAAACAGGAAUCGAGGACCUCGUUUUCAGUGAAUGAACGCCUAACAAGUUUAUUAAAUAAAAUUCUUCCUUUAAAAAAGAAAUGGAACACAAAUUUUCACCAGUCAUGUAUCGUUUUCACAAAUCUGGCUACACAUAUUUGUAAAAUCCUGUCAGGUUCAUCAUCCUUCGAGAAUCAUGAUGAUUUUGUCACUUAUGAAUUGUGUAAUCUAUAUUUAAAUGGUAAUUUCGAACAAAUGACAAAACUUCGUGAUGGUCAAAUUUUGGAAACAUGUUAUGACAAACUAAAUGAAUUUAUAAAAAAUAUGGAAGAUUGUGGCGUACAGCUAAAGUCUAUGCUAGAUCAAUUGAAUGCUUUGAGAAAACUAAAUCAAAAUGAAUCAAUUUAUCAGCAGUAUGCCACAUGCCAAUCUACAUUAAACUCAUCCGUAAAGAUAAAAAGUGAUUCUACACUAGAAGAUGACAACAGUUUGUUCACUUCAAAUUCAACUCGAUCAUUUACGUCAACAUCAUUAAAACAACGAAGACAACAACAAAAGUUAAGUGGAACUUACUUAUACGAAGUAAUAACCAUUGAAAUAAAUGGACUAAUCAAUCAAAUUGAACGUGAUACAAGCAUUCGAAAAUAUUUAGUGAAAAUUAUAUUGCCUAGCACUUUGCAUUAUUUUCACUUGAAUAAUAUUGUUCAAGAUAAUGAUAAUGUUGUCUUACUAAAAUUUGUGUCCAUUUGGCGUCAUUUUGGACAAUAUGUUUCAUGGUUUACUGUUGUAUCGAUGUCUGAGCAUAUUUUGAAAACUAUCUCAAUAAUACAGACUGAAUGAAUUCAUAUAGAAUCAUGUAUAUAUUUACAUACCUUUUUCUUGUACAAGAAAUAAAUAUAUUAUUUUCUCUG